UCGUGAAUACAAUGUUCGAAAAUUGACAGCGGGAAAAGUUUCGGUACAUACUUGCUGGAGUAAAACGUGCAGGAACCAACUAAUUUUCUUAAAUCAGUAUUACCGGUUAUAAUAUGGAUAAUGAUAGCUUGAAUUUUCAUAAUAUCAUAGACAGUAUCGAACAUGAUUAUAAAGUAAAGAAAGCGAAAGAAUCAAUAUUGUUAUUGAAACAGAAAAUGUGCAAAACAGAUGUUUUAAUUAAGCAAUAUACUCAAAAUAUAAAAGAAGUUAAAAAUUUAAAAUCAAGUUUGGAAGUUGCAAAGAAAGAGGCCAAACACAUAAUAUCCGAUUAUUCGUCCGCCAAAGAUGAGAUAAGGGAGUUAAAAUGUAAAAUUGCAAAAUAUCAGCAAAAUAAUGAAAAAUUAACGAACAAGAUGAAUGACUAUAACAUAAAUAUAGCUGCAGAUAAACAGAGUAUACAACAAUUAACAUGUAAAAUAAAAGAAUUGGAAGAAGAACAGUCGGCUAAAAUUAUGGAACAUAAUUUGGACAAGUCAUCCUUUGAAGAUAAAAUUAAACAAUUGGAACAUGAAUUAAAAACGUUAAAAAAGGAUGAUAUAUCAACUGUGACAAAAAAAGGUGGUAAAAAAAAGGAGAAAAAAAUUUCUACAAAUGUUGAUACGGCUAAGCCAAGUAUAAGUAUAAAAUCUACUUCAGAUAUUGGUAUUAAUGUAUCACUGUGUAAUAUUGAACCAAGUGUAAAAUGCGAAGUACGAGACCAAAAUAUUAUGACCGACGAAUUUUAUCACACGAAAAAUGAUCCACAUCCAUUAUUUUGUGAAAAAUGUGAAGCUCAUUUGCCUUCAGAAUUGACUCCUGAAAAAAUAUUCAAAACCAUGAUCGCAUGUCCAAAAUUAAUUGAGAAAGACUUGCCUCCUUCACCGAAAAAGAUUUAUUCGCCGCCAUGUUCAUUACCUAAUACCUACCCGGAUUUUACAAAUAGAAAUGAAGACUCUCUCUCUAAAAUAUCACCUAUACCUCAUCUACAUCCUUAUAGUCCAUGUAGUGAUUCAAUAGCAGGCAAUAUAAAAUCACAAUCGGGAAGAUCAUCCACAACGACACAAAUUUGCGAAAAUGUUGAAUUAAGAAAUACGGAUAUUUCACAUAUACCACUUGUAGCCAAAGUACCUAGUAAUCUCAAUGCAAUUCCUACCUUGUCUCAAAAUAGGAACUGUGCAAGGGAGCAUUUCUGCUCUGAUGAUUUACUAAUUAAACAUUCUAUAUCUAUUAAAAAAAUGAAAAGAAAAAUUCGAUCAUUAAAAAGUAAAAUGAAAAAGUUUCGAAGAUUGAAGAAAAAAAUAAAUACUAAUUCUCGUUGUUGCGUUAUGAAUCAUAAGGAUGAUGUCUCGCUAAAUUCGAAUCUAAUUUCUUUAAUCUGUAAAGGUGUGGCAGAAUAUUUCAAUGAGAAAAAAGAAGCAUGUCCUAAAAAUGAACGAGAUAUAGAUUCAGAAAAGUGUACUUGUUGCUCAAAAAGGACAGAGCUAAAAAGGAGACAAUCAUGUAAUGCAUAUAAAAGCAUGUUUUCGGAAAUUGAAAAGUUUGAUGAAAAUGAACGAGUACGAGGUACAUAUUGUGAUAAAACUGAGAAUGCUACGAAUAUUACUGAUGUUUUACAAUUUAAUCAUACAUCUAAGAAUAUAUUGUCGAGUGUACAUAAGAAUUCAUACUCCAAUAUAAAUAUAUCCAGCAUAUCUCUUAAUGACAUUGAAAUUGACAAAGAGUUUCUUCAUAAGCAAAAUACAUUGCAUUCAGUAGAAGUAGUACCUGUUGAAAAUAGUUUUACGAUGUCACGUUUAAGCGUUGACAAAUUAUAUGUAAGCAAUGAUAUCUUAAAUAAAGAUAAUAUAGACGCUAACGAUGUAGAUAAUCAAAUUGAAACUAAAACAAUGUUCUUAUUUAACAAUAAAAAAUCUUUGGAUCAUGUUGAUGGCAGAACUGUCGACAUUAAUGCAGAGGAAAAUAAAAUAAAAAGAAAAGAUGAAAUUAUACAUAAAAAUAAAUCUAGCGAAAUAUGUGUAAAUGAUAAUAUCUCAAGUAAAGAUAAUAUAGAAGAUAUCGAUAUGGAUAAUCAGAAAAUUGAAAUGAUAUCUUUAUGUAAAGAUGGAACUUUUUCUGAUUAUACUAAUGAUAAAAUUGUCGACAUUAAUGCAGAAGAAAAUAAAAUAGAAAGAAAGGGCCAAAGUGUACAUAAAAAUCAAGUUGGCGAAAUAUACACAAAGGAUGAUUUCUUAAGUAAUCAUUCUAUUAAAGCUAUUGAUAUGGAAGUAGAGAAUCAGACAGAAACUAGAAAUAUAUCUAACAAUGAAAAUUCUACUGAUAAUGGCAAAAUUGUUGAUAUUAAUAAAGAAAGUGAAAUGAAAAGAAAGAGUCAAAGUAUGCAUAACGAAAUAUAUGCAAGCGAUGAUCUUUUCGGCAAAAAUAAUGUAAAAGCUAUUGAUACGGAUAAUCAGAUAGAAACUAGAACAAUAUUCUUAUCUAACGAUACAAAUUCCACUUAUCAUGCUUAUAGUAAAAUUAUUGACGUGAAUGCAGAAGAAAAUAAAAUAAAAACAAAGGACCAAAAUAUAAAUGAAGAUAAGUUUGAUGAAAUACAUGCAAGCGAUAAUCUUUUAAGCAAAAGUAAUGUAGAAACUACUGAUACGGAUAACCAGACAGAAACUAAAACAAUAUUAUUACCUAACAACGAAAAUUCUACUGUUAAUCGUAAAAUUAUUGAUAUUAAUGCAGACAAAAUUGAAAUAAAAAGAAAGUGCCAAAAUAUAUACAAAGAUGAGCUUGAUCAAAUAAACACAAGCGAUAAUAUCUUAAGCGAAGAUAAUAUAGAAGCUGUUGAUAGGGAUAUCCAGACAAAAACUAGAAUGACAUCCUUAUCUAACAAUGAAAAUUCCACUGAUCUUGCUCAUAGUAAAAAUGUCGUUAUUAGUGUAGAAAAACAUAAUGUAAUGAGAAAAAGCCAAAAUAUACAGAAAGCUAAAAUUGGCGAUCGCUUAUUAAAAAAUUUACGAAAUUUAAAGAGAAAGAAGCAACCAAUUUCGCGCAUAAAUAAGCAAGAGAAUAUUAAACCAUAUUCAGAUCAUAAUUUUGAAAAUCUUGAAUUAGCAAAAAAACCGCGAAUUGAAAACGAAAAAGAGAUUAACGACAGUUCAUUAAAUCAUAUUAAAAAUUUGAAAAGAAAUUUAGACAUACAAGCAGAGUCUAUAAAUAAACAAACAGACGAUAAAUUAUGCUCUAACCAUUAUGAACUGAAAAAAGUACGAAUUGCACAUACACCAAAAAUGCCAAUUCAUCAAUUGAGCGUCAAUAGAAAUAAUUCUACACAUUGUACGAUAAGAAAUAUAGCUACUUUAGCGAUUCGACAAAAAAAUAAUGUAAAUCAACAAUUAAAUACUGACAAAGAUAAUUCAUUAAUUGAAAGCAAGAAGAAUCCUAUAAUGAAUAAGAAAUAUGAUGAGGAAAACAUUGUCAAGUCUAUCGAAACAAAUAAUAUUGACGAAAGACCUAUAAACGAAAAAGAUUUAGAUUUGAUUAAUGCUGAAAAUUCUCUUCAAAAUAAUGAUAUCACUCCAUAUUCUAUUAAUAUUGAACAUGUUUCUGAACUUGCAAAAUGUGGUGACGUGAUUGAAGAUACAAUCAACAAAAAUAUUUCAAUAGAUAGAGUAGUAGGAGAAACUUUGAACGAUAGUGACGAGUCGAAUGUAGUACAUAACAAUAUUGUAAACGAUACAGCGAAUAAUUUAAAACUUGAAAAAUCAAUUUUAUUGAGAACACGUGUUAUUACUCGCGCUGUAUAUAAAGACUUAAAACAUGACAAAGUUAGUGAAGCGUUGGAUACAAUUAAAACUAGAAAGAUGUCGCCAACCGUUGAAUUGGAAUAUGCUUUUGAGACAUUUGGAAAUAAGAGUUACAAUGAUCACAUUUCAAAUGAUGAAUCGUCGGUUCUAUCUGAUCGAUCAAACGUGGAAGCAACACGAAGUGAAGAUUACAAUAAUAGCGGAAUAUCUAACGGAACUAUUCCACGUUCACCAUCACCGAAAGAUGUCAAUAAUGAAGAUUACAAUAAUAGCGGAAUAUCUAACGGAACUAUUGCAAUUCCACGUUCACCAUCACCGAAAGAUGUCAAUAAAAUGAAAAAUGCAAGAAACAUACAAGAAGAAACUUGUAUUAGUAAUAGAGCAAUUAAAAUGCAGGCUAUCGAAACUCAAAAUAAAAAUCUAGUCAUGAGUCAAGGAAAUAAAAAAAUGGAACUUAUCUUUGUUCCUCAUAAUUUCGAGGAAUCUCAGGCGCCAAUGUCACGAUUAUAUAAAUAUAUUAACAAAAAGAAAUGUACCAAAAAACAUAAAUUAUCAUGUAGAGAAAUAAAAUACGCUUGUAAAAUAACAGACAAAUUUGUAAAGAAGCAACUACGACGACUUAUGAAUAGUGAUUGGAAAGAUUCUAUAUAUGAUUCCAUACAUGACGAUAUAAAAGUAAAAUUGGAAAAUACUUGCGGACCUCGUAUCAUAGCCAAAUGCAUAGUGGAGUUUAUAAUAGACGAAGUCGAUCAUACAGAAGCUUUGGAUAAAUCAUUUACUCCCCCAGCACCAUUGAUGACGAAAUUUGAACAGAAGAUCAUAACGUUAUUAUUCGAUUUGGAAGCAUCGAAACCAAUGGUGAUUUAUUUCGUACAAGCCGCCAUCGAAUUUCAUAUGUUUAGACUCGAUAGUGAUGUGAAGGAUCCGAUUGAUUCGCUCACACGGAUAUAUGUCGUUCUGUCACGCAUUCAGAAGGAUAGAGAAAAAAUACGCAUGAUGUGUUGCAGUGCUCUCUAUUGCAUGAAUCUUAAAUCAAUAGCUGUUUUAAAUACAAUAUUAAUGUGUUGGUCUGAAGUUCUUCCGAAUGCUGAGAUAAACAAAGAAAUAUUAUCAAAAUGCAUAGCCUUUCUUAUCAGCUCACUACAUAUUAGUACCGACAAGGACCGAAUAUUAAAGAAAUUAAAGCAUUUAAAAUCAUUGGUAUCGAGAUGUCAUAACUAUACUCGUGAAACAAUAAAUGAUAUUGUUAAGGAACUUAUGACUGCUCUUAAAGCUAAACGAAUCGAGGGUUUGGAUACAGCCAUUAUACUUGUUGCAAAGCGAGAAAAGGCACAAUGGACAUAUAAAAAUAUUAUUCAAUCUGUUCUAUUACCAAUGAUUAUAAACAAUCAACAUCCCUGCAUAUAUAGCGCAUUUUCUUUACUCGGAAGGCUUUUGCGCGCAUUCCCAUUACAAGAUAAAGAUCAAAUUGUACAUGACAUCUCUGAACAGCUCUGCGUCCUCAUUCAAUCUGGCCAAGGUUCACACGAUCAACAAGAAGGCAUAAUAUCUGCGUUGCUCAGCCUUUCCAGACAAAAAUUUGACGUUAUAUCGUGGCCUGUAAUUAAAUGGACGCCGAGUAAAUCUUUAAGACCGAUUGUCGACACACAAUUGCAGACGUUCUUACAUACACGUACUUCAAAAUUUUGGAAAGAAUAUUUACAGAAAAAAAAAAUUAAACUUAUCCAAAGUAAAACGUGAA